AUGUCAGAGUCUAUCCCCCCAAUUGAAACCAUUCGAAAUGGUACAUCAGAUGCCGAACGAAACGAAGAUACACACCGUGGCUUCAAGCCUCGCCACUCUCAGAUGAUAGCCAUAGGAGGUGCCAUUGGAACUUCACUGUUCCUAAGAACUUCCCAGGUUCUUCGCGUUGGUGGUCCUCUAUUCCUUCUGAUUUCUUAUAGAGUCUUGUCUAUACCCGUCUACUGCAUAGUCACUGGAAUUGCCGAGGUUGCAACUUAUCUCCCUGUUCCGGGAGGCAUUAUGGCCUACUACGGGCACAAAUACGUGUCUAGCAGCAUGGGCUUUGCAAUGGGAUAUCUCUGCUGGUACUCACUCGGCAUCUUGAUCCCCUAUGAAUUCUUCGCUUCUACACUUCUCACCAACUAUUGGGGCACUGUGGUUAAUGGCGCGGUGUGGAUCACCAUCAUAUAUGUUAUCAUUGUCAUUAUUAACCUCUUCCCGGUCAGAGUCUUUGGAGAGUGCGAGUUUUGGAGCGCAGGCAUGAAAGUUCUCCUCAUCUUGGGCCUCAUCUUUCUCUCCAUUUUGCUGUUUUUCGGGGGCGGCCCUCAUAAAGAUGCUCUCUACUUUGGAUACUGGAAAGACCCUGUCUGCGCAUCAAACGAUCCCCGACUUACAGCAUCUGGAACUGCACGCUCACCUUUCAUUAUUGCCAUCCGGAACGCCGGCAUCCCUGUCCUGGAUAGCAUCGUCAACGCACUGAUCCUCCUUUCAGCGAUCACGGCUGCGAACGCGUUCCUCUACUCUGCCUCCCGGAAUCUUUAUUCACUCGCAAAGGCCGGGAAUGCACCUGCAAUAUUUAAGAGAUGCGACAGAUAUGGCCUUCCAUACUAUGCAGUCUUGAUCACCGCCUCCCUCGGAUGUCUAGCAUACCUCAGCCUGUCAAAUAGUAGUCUGACAGUCUUCAACUGGCUAAUCAAUCUCACCAAUACCUCCGGUUAUAUCAGUUGGAUCUGCUGCAGUAUCAUUUACGCGAGAUACCGCAAAGCCAUCACUCAUCAUAAGCUAGAGUCCCCAUAUCGCUCCCGCCUCCAGCCCUGGGGCAUGUACUUCGGAGUCAAUUGGCUGAUUUUUUUCACGGCUUACAUCGGCAUCUCUGCGUUUCUGCUCAUCUACUUUGGCCAUCGACUGUAUCAGCGGGGAGAUAGGUGGGUCAGAGAUCCUGAAGAUAUUGAUAUGUAUCAAGGGAUGGAUGAAGUACUAGCUGCAGAAAGACCACCACCAGUUAGGGUUAAUAUCUAUCGGAGACUGUGGGCCUUGGUGGAAUAAUCCUUGAUAAAGGUAUCGGGUGAAGGUGUUCGUCAUGUUGAACAAAUUUAACACUUGAAGCCCAUGCUAUCAUCGGUCAGCCUUGUAUAAGUAGUAAUACAAUUACAUUUAUUCUUAUUCCUGGAGGAAGUUCAUAAAGG